AUGGAGCUGAAGGUCUGGGUGGACGGGAUCCAGAGGGUCGUCUGCGGCGUCUCGGAGCAAACCACCUGCCAAGAAGUGGUCAUCGCCUUGGCGCGGGCCAUCGGUCAGACGGGCCGCUACGUGCUGGUGCAGAAGCUGCGGGAGAAGGAGCGGCAGCUGCUGCCGCUGGAGUGUCCCUUGGAGUCGCUGGCCAAGUGCGGGCAGUAUGCCAACGACGUGCAGUUCGUCCUGCGGCGGACGGGCCCCAGUGUGGCCGAGCGGCCCUCCUCGGAGGGCGUUCCCCAAGCCCCCGAGAGGACGUUCAUCCGGGCUAGUUUGCCUAUCAAGCCCAGGCCCACCGGCACGGAUGCACCCCGGUGCCGGGAGCCGAAAAAAUCCAUGACCUUCAACUUGGGUCCUGCAGGCUCCGGCGACCCGUUCGCCAUGAGCCGCUGGAGGCACCAAGCACGGGAAGGGAUGGACUUGGAGGGCGGUGGGGUUGUCCAACCCUCCAAGGAGGAGCUGUUUAGGAGGGUGCUGUGGCAGCAGGAGCAGCUCCAUUCCUUGGAGGCCCACGGGGACACCCUGGAGACGGACCUACGGCUCUGGGAGCGCGGCCGGCUCGCCGGCCAGGAGGAUGAGAUCCUCUACCUGGAGCACCUGGUGCGGAGGAACGAGACGGAGCUGGGCGAGGAGGAGUUUUGGCAGAGCGAGCUCCGGCUGGAGAAGGAGUGUGAGCGGGAGCGGCAGGAGCGGGUUAGGAGCCUGCGGGCCAGCCUGGAGGAGUACACCCAAAGGAUCUACGAGCUGAGCGCCCGGACCGAAGCCCUGCAGGAGGAGAUCCAGUGGGAGAUGGCCGAGAGGGCCAAGAGGGGGAAGGAGACCCCUGUGCCCAGCCCCACAGAGCUGGAGGACAUGGCCACCAAGAUGAAGAGGGACCUGGAGGCCAAGGUCAAGCAAGGCACCCAGCUGGAGAGCAACCUGGCCAGCGUGGAGAAGGCCCUGGAGGAAGCUGAAAGGAACCUGCAGGCCCAGACCCAAGAGCUGGAGGAGUUAAAUAAGGAGCUGAGGCAGUGUAAUUUGCAGCAGUUUAUUCAGCAGACGGGGGCCACGGUGACUGUCCUGCAGGCCAGGUCCGAGGAGGACGCCCAGCCGGAGCCGAGCCCGCGCGAGCUGCCAGCCUGCCGGAGAAACGGAGGCUUUCCUCCCACCGCCGGUGCCGACUCGCCUCCCCGGGCCAGCACCAAGCAGCUCCUCGGCCACGCCAGGACCCUGCCGGAGCCCCUGGUGUCCAGCCUGAACCCCGAGGUCGUAUCAACCAGGCAGAGCAUCUGGAGGUAG